AUGCGAUACUUUUGUCGUCCGAUCGCCAUCGAAAAUGCUGCUCAAAUUGACAUAAGCACUCAUAACCUCUCCCCGGCGUCUUCAAGUUUCACCCCCGCCGCAACUUCUCUAUGUAUCUCGGCAGCUCAUCACACUGAUGGCCAGAGGUCUACGACUAGAACGCUGCGUCUCUGCGACGUCUUCCUUCCUUCAGUCAAUGGAGACGGUAUCAAUGACGAGCAAAGUAUUUCUCUGGGUUUUAAUCCAGAGUUUUAG